AUGGGUAGAAGAAUUAAGAUAAAGAAAAUAGUAGAGAUGAAGAGACGUCAAGUCGCAUUUUCUAAGCGGCGUACUUCUUUACUAAAAAAGGUGAAAGAGAUUGCAAUUUGUUGUAACGUGGAUGUGGUGUUUGUCGCGUUCUCGCCUGCUAAUCGGCUCAGUAAAUUCUGUAGCCAAAAAAGAAUUAAAGACAUGCUUCAGCGCUAUAUUGAGCUUCCGGUUGAGAGGAGAUUGACGAUUGAGAAUUUGGAGCUACAAAUCAAGAAGAGCACAUUGAAAUCGCAGAUUUUGGAUGCUAACAUAAGUUCUUCACAAAAUGGGAGUAUACCAUUUUUUCAAAGCCAAAACUCGUCACCUUAUAUUCCGUUGCAGAGACAACAACAAAACAUAAUGAUAGAUGUCCAUGAGAAUCCUACACAAACAUUUGGACAAUUACAGAUUCAGGAACAAAACAUGAUGGUAGAUUCCCAGCAGAAUCCAACACAAAUAUUUGGACAAUCACAGGCACAAAUGACUUUCGGUGAAAGUACUGACAACUCUCUCUUCAACUUCUGGCAAAAUAUUUGUGAUUCUACAAGGUCUGUCUCCUGCACACAAUUGAACAAUACCUUCCAAUUAGGGUUGGAGAAUGACAAUACAACUUGGAACAACAAUUUGAAUAAUUCCUCCUUGUUUGGUUUGGAGAAUACCCAUUCAAAUUGGAAUAAUAACAUGAGUAACAACAACAAUUACACCAAUGAAUAUAAUGAUCCUCCUUCAGUUCAAAAUGAUGUAAUAACUUCUAAUGUUAAUGGAUUUAACUAUUCCAUGGAGGAGAAUACUAUGGGAAAUAUUGCUGAAAGUACUACACAUGAGAAUGAUGCAUGUGAAUGGGAAGUUUUCCUCAAUGAAGCUUUCAAUGGAGAAGACUUUUAA